AGCACUUCUUAUGCAUGCGGGACUUUGGGACUAUUCAUAUUUUCUCCUCUCUACAAAAGAUGAGGUGAAUUUAUUUCAACCUUUCUACUUGAGUUCCGAUGUCUUUACCUCUCCUCUUUCUCCUGACCUUGUGGUGUGAUCGUCGUGUUUGGUUGAUUUGGUGAACCAUGCAUCUUCUUCUCUACGCCCAUGUCUUCCUGUGCUGCUUCAGUGUGGCCCAUUCCUUCUGUCCUUCCCAGUGUACCUGUGUCUACCAUGGACGGAGUGAUGGAACGGGGACCAGAUCUGUGCUGUGUAAUGACCCAGACAUGUCCGACAUCCCCGUAAAUGUCCCUGUGGAUACGGUCAAACUGCGGGUAGAGAAGACAGGCGUGAGGCGCAUCCCCACCGAGGCCUUCUACUACCUGAACGACCUGCGCUACCUGUGGAUCACCUACAACUCUAUCUCCUCUGUGGACGCCGCCGCCUUCUACAACCUCAAGGUCCUCCACGAACUGCGGCUGGACGGGAACCUGAUCUCCACCUUCCCCUGGGAGUCCCUAAAGGAGAUGCCUAGUCUGAGGACGCUGGAUCUUCACAACAACCGCUUGACCAGCAUGGCCAUGGAGGCUAUCCCGUACCUGGUCAACAUCACCUACCUGGAUAUCUCCAGCAACAAGUUGACCACUCUGUCUUCGGACCUCGUGGAUAUCUGGUCGCCGUUCAACGGAAUGCCCGUCUCCUCCAGCCUGUCCCAGAAAGUGGUGCUCGGUCUUCAGGACAACCCGUGGAUCUGCGACUGCAGGAUCUCCAAGCUGAUCGAGCUCUCCAAAAUGUCUGACACAUCAGUAGUACUAAUGGAUAAGUUCCUGUCUUGCAGUGGGCCUGAGAACCUGGCCGGGGUUAUGUUCCAAAGGGCGGAGCUGGACCAAUGUCUCAAGCCGUCUGUCAUGAUGUCAGCCACCAAGAUUACUGCCUCGUUGGGCAGCAAUGUGCUUCUGCGCUGUGAUGCCACGGGUUACCCCACACCUACCCUAAUCUGGACCACUUCAGAUGGCUUACCUGUCAACAACACAGUGGUCCAGGAGUCUCCGGGUGAAGGUGUCCGAUGGUCCAUCAUCAGCCUAAAUGGGAUCUCGUACAAAGACGAUGGGGAGUACAGCUGCAAGGCUAAGAACUUCGCCGGUAAUGCAGAGGCUGCCAUCAGCCUGUCUGUGGCAGGUUAUGUCACUACAACCAUGCCCCCACAGAGGCUCAAUGGAGAGGCUGGAGGGAAUAGCCCAUCCACAACGUCCUCUGCUCCGGCAACUGACUUCCCCAACUCCCCUAGCACCCUGAUCACCACCACCACCCCAGCCAUGACCACACUGCCACCCGUUCCCACCAAGAAGAAAGUCAUGCCCAGCAAUGUGCAGCAGAAAGCCCCACCCAAACCAUCCAAGAUCCAGCAAGGCAGCGACAGGAUGCUGGCGGCGGAUCAGAGCAAAAAGAAGGACGCUUCCAAGUCUGUCCAAGAUCUCGAGAUCGUGGAGGAAACGGCGGACAGCGCGGUUCUACUCUGGACCGCCGAUGGUUUGCCGAGCGAUGCCCCUCUCACCGUUGUGUACUCUACUUACGACGAUGAGGAUGACUCCAAAAGGACAAUGGAUACCGAUGCCGGGAGUGGCAAGGUCCUCCUUGAAGGCUUAACUUCUGGAAUGAGGUACCAGGUUUGUCUGGUUGCCAAGGGAAGUGCGGCAGGGAUAGACCCUUGCAUCAACUUCUUCACCCUGGACAUUGUUGAGGACGAUGCCGAGAACCAGCUGUUAAUGAUCAUCAGCGGCAUUGCCUGCGCCGUGGCUUUACCUGUCAUCGGUCUGCUGGUCUACAAGAUCCUCUCACUCUACUGCCAGAGCAGUGUGCCAGGUUUGGACGACGAGCUGUCUAAAGACACGUAUGUGAAGUUCGAGACGCUGUCGAUGAAGCAGAGGACCUUGAACGCUAAUCCCAGUGAAUUGUGGGCCCACAGGCAGACCGAGGAGUCCCAAGAGAGGAUGCUCCUCUUCUCCAGGUCCAGCAUUGACUCACACAUGACAUACAGGAGUGACAGUUCCAGGUCAGAAUUUCUGUGCUAGCACUAGAUGAAGACUCUACAUAACAUCACUGAUUGUUGAAGCCUUCAUUUCUUCUUUUUUUUAAUCACACUUUGAGAUUUGGUUUGUCUCAAUACCAGUAUCGCAAAAUUCAGAAGUAUCGUGGCAAGAAAGAAAACGUUUUAAUUUCUUGAGGAAACAGCCCUAAUGCUGGAAACAAACAGCAUCAUGACAACUCAAUUUUAUGAUUGCUGUCUUUGCAGCUCAGCACUUACCUUUAUUCUCAGUUUAAUGCAAUUUUCCAUAAUACCAUAAUGAAAUCAUCUGCCACAGUGUUCACUAUGUCUUGCUUUUUUGUCACUAUACACCACACCAGGUUUAUUAAACAGAUAAGACAUUCAUUGAUCUCAAUAUGGUAUAAAUAGACAUGCCGACUAUCCUAGUCCAACAACACGUUGAUUUAAACUGCUAGCAAUGGUUCACUCAAAAGUCAAACCUUCAAGCUAAUUGUUGCCUUACUUUUCAAAAAAGUUUUCUCGAACCCUAGUAUAUUAGAGGAUUUGACCUGCCCUACAUACAAUGCAACAGUUUCUGUGUAAUGUAUUGUUUUUACUUGUACAUACAAUGGUAUUAUAUUCUUCUUUUUAAUAAAACAAAUCU